UAGCAGUCCAGGGCUCCAGGCCUACCAGUAAAAAACUAAUCCUAAUUUGCAGCACAAUAUAAAAGACCGCCGCAUCUUCCCUGAAUCCCGCCUGACUUGCUCCUGCGUUGUUUUACUCACACUGACCCUCAUCAUAUUUUUCAUCAAAAAACGCAUCGUCUCUCCAAUGGCAUCAAUUUCAGAACUAUUCAAACCUUCAAUUUGUUUUUCAUUAACUAAAGUUUUAACUUUCGACUGUUUUCUGUUUCUCAUACUCAAAACCGUUUGUACUUUAGUUUGUUUUUCCAUUUCUUUUGGAUUCAGCCAUGGGCUGGAUUCGACGUUCCGGCCAUCGGCUGGGAUUCUCGGAAUCUUCUGUUUUUUAAUGCAACUAUUGUACGAUUCUUCUGUUCACCGGCCGUCGGGGCUUUUCCGACCAGUAUUUCAUCGUUUGAUUUCCGCGCUCCGAGUAUUUGUGCUUGUGGGCUUAAUCACAUUGGGUUGCCCAAUUUAGCCCAGUCUGAACGGGCUUCUUGGGCUUCUUGAGUUGGAAUACUAUUUUUUUUUUUUAAUAUUUUUCUUUUCCCGCCUCGAAGUAUAUUUCGGUUAUGUUCUUCCCUGGGGGUUAUGGGGAGAACGAAUUUUGAGCCUCUUCAUUUGCCUUCAACUAUAAAUAUCCAUAGCAAUUCACGUUUUCUGCAUUCCAAGCUACCUCAGAGUUUCUUCAGCAAAUUUCCUCUCUCCCUCCCUUCUUGCUUCUUCAUCUCAAAUUUGUAGUAUCAAAUCAAAUGGAUCGUGGAAGCGAUGAUGAUGUAGAUCAUAAGACGAAGAGACUACGGAGUACUGCUGCUUCUGGGCCCUCUUCUGUCCAGGCCCUGCCUUCUGUACCCCUUUUUCUUGCUGUUGGGGAUGAUCCUAUUGUCAAGAUAAUAAAGAGCGGUACCACUAUUAUUGUGUUCAAAUUCAUUGACCUCAUAACUGGUAAGCGUCACGUCUGCUUUGCGGCCGAUGGUCGUGGGGUUCAUCCUGUGACUUAUAGAACAGUGCUAACUAGAGCCAAUAAAAUUACUGUGGUAGGCAGACAUACUUUGUUUGCAUUUUGUGGCCACAAUUCUAUUGGACGAUCACUGAGUAAGGGUCUAGUUAAUCAGGUCCAGCAAAGGGGUUUUGAAGAUUAUGGGAUCCAUGAUGCUAUUUUGUACCUGGAAACUCAUCAGGGAGAUGCAGUUAGGGAGGCCAAGGGUGCUGGCGAGGGAUUUGCAUCUGUUGUGUGUGGAUAUGACAGUGCAUUGAGACAAUUUCGCCUUUUCGCUAUUGAUAAUGACGGCGUGGCAACUGAGUGGCCAGAAGCCGUCAUCCUAGGACACGGGGGAUCUACUGCACUUGAAUCGUUAAUUGAUUCUGGGUACAUGAUUAUCUUAAAAAACUAUACACUUAACUUUUAUUGGAUUGUGCAAUUUCACCAUUUUUUUUCCACAUUUUUGUUCUUGUUCUUGUUCAGUGUCUGGGGCACUCGCAUGUUGACUCAUCAGGCAUGUUUGGUGGCCAGACAAGCCAUCUGUGAGGCAGCAACUGUAGACUGGUCAACGGGUGGAACCGUUACCGUUUACCUUAUGGGGGAGCGGGGACAUUAUCCUUAUUUCAAAAAGCACGAUGUUCCAAGAUUUUUGCGGAUCCGGGGGCUGCCUGACCAGGCUGACAUUUCUGAUGAACAUUAG